AAAGAAUCCGCCCGUGCCAAGGCUCUACACGUACACAUGUGGAGUGAGUGGGCACAUCACCCCGCAAACACCGCCAAAUCAAAGAAAGAACAACCCCGAACCUUUCGUUACAUUACACACGUCGCUGCCUUUGCCGCUCCCGUUUAAAAGCCACUACUACCACCACCAGGGCACCACCAAAUUGUCAAUCUAAACGCCGAGCUCUCUCCCCAGUCCCCACGCCUCAAAGCCAACCGGACAGAACGCGCACGCACGGGCACGGCGGCACGUACGCAAUGCAGGUCCUCCGGCUGCUGGCGGCGCGGCGUUUCCGGCGCCGCGCGGUGUCGACGAUCACCGCGAGCGCGACGGCGCCGGCCACCCCGUGCGGCUGCGGCUAUUACGGCUACGGCGAGGACGAGGGCCCGUUCUUCGACCUCGACCUCUCCUCCUGCUGCUCCGCGCCGGCGUCCAGCGCCGAGUCCGGCUCCGAGUCCGAGGACUCCUCCUCCUGCGCCGCCGCCGAGGCCGACUUCGUCAUCUCGCUGCAACGGAGCCGCAGCUCCGCUUCACACUCGUCGUCGUCCUACGAGCGCCUCUCCUUCGGCGGCUGCGGUUGGGCGCCCCCACCGGCGAGACUGAAAUUCUGCGCGUCAGAGCCCAACGAUGCCGCGGCACGGUUCAGCGCGAGCUGCAGGCGCGGGGGGAAGCUGCGCACGCUCAGCUUCGGGUCUGCCAAGGCCGCCUUCUACGGCGGCCGCGCCAGCUUCUCCCGGAGCUCCAGAAGCGCGAGGCUCUUCUUCGCGGCGGCGUAUGGCGGGCAUGGCGGCUCGCCCUUGCCGGACCAAGAGGCGGACGAAGCCCAGGGCCCGCCCUCCUCGGCCUCGCGUGACGUGUUCAGGCGGUACCUGAAGAAGAUCUCGAGGCGGCUGCGGAGGGUGGCGCCCGGCGCAGCCGCCGCCGGGGAUCUCCGGCUUCGGAAGAGCCGCUCGGCUUCCGCGGCGCAGACCUCGGCGGCGGCCCAAUCGUUAUCGUCGUCGCCGCCUCGACGGGACGACUCGCUCCUCGAGAAGCAGGACGGCAUUGCGAGCGCCAUCGCGCACUGCAAGGAGUCGCUGCACCGUGGUACGUACGUCCGUGUCGGAGUGCGACUCAUCGCUGCUGCGUUCGCGGAGCGAUCCAGGAACAUAAACGCCCUUCCAAGCGUUGAUGUAGCCAUGGGUUUUUGCCUUGCAUUCUCACCAUUUCGCUUCGGAAUUCUGGUUCCGGAGGAAGCGGCUGUGACCGAAGCUUCGCGCUGAAUUUCGCAAAGGAAGCAAGGAAAAGACGAAGAAUCCUCCCCAAGUACAAAUUGUUAAAGCUUGACGAACAUGCGGUGGUUUAGCAAGCCAGAGACCUUUAACCGUCUUUUUGUGUGGUGUGUUUGUGUGAUGGAGUGAGUUCUUUUGCAGUAGUUUAGGCGUGGGGAAAGAGCUCCUUUUAGGCUCCUUUAGCCACCUCCCACAUGUACAAGCGUGCAGCAGAUGUGUCAGUUCAAACCUUUUCUUUUCUUCCUCUGCCUUGUACACAAGAGAUUUGCAGCAACACGACAUGUAGUUAGGCCCUCGAUCCAAUCCUACAUUCUUUGCCUA